AUGGCCAAACUGUUUGGAGCCGCUGGAGGCCGGAACGAACCGGAGGACGCCACUCUGAACAAAUACAGCCUGGUUUGGGGAUAUCAAGAGCUGCAGAGGGCCACCGACAACUUCGCGGAGUGUCGGCGCAUGGGAGAAGGUGGCUUCGGAACUGUUUACCGCGGAGAGCGACCGGAUGGAACGGAAAUUGCGAUCAAGGCAUUGACCACCCCCAAGGAGUCGGGCUUCGAGGAGGAGGUCCGCGUCUUGAGCAUGUUCCGUCACCCGAACCUCGUCACGCUCAUGGGCUUUGCACGGAAUGGCAACCAACGCUUCCUCGUGUACGAGCUGAUGGAGGGCGGUGACCUCUUCAAUCGCAUCUACGACUCGCGCAAGGGCUAUCUUCCACAUCACCGCACCUAG